GGGGCACAGUGAUUUUAGAAAGAGUUUGGGAAGCGCGAGCUGUCACACGGGGCGGCGAGUCUGGGAUCGCGGAGCAUCGCGCGAUGUAUCGUCUGACGUGAACAACGGGCUUUUGACACUUGAAACGCCUCGAUCGCGGAAAACAUUCCGAUGGUAUGACAGUCGGUUUUCAUAAGGUAUUUCGUAUACCUUUUAAAAUAACCUUAUAGACUGUGUUCUUGUUUGUCGUCAUUAUCCGUAUACCGCGCGUUGCAACAAGUGGAUUUUCGGUGCGCAAAACGCGAUCCGGUUGUCUCAGUCAUGGAGGAUCAAAACAGUCGUGAUUCGACCGAGUCCGAGAGCGUGUCUCUAUCACCCAAUAUACCAUCUCCUCCGAUUUUACCUCACCAGGCAGCGCAGCAGGUCCACAGAACCACGAACUUUUUCAUCGACAAUAUCCUAAGGCCAGACUUUGGUUGCAAGAAAGAUCUUGGGAAUAGAGACCGGGCGCAAACCUCGGGUCGGGAGAACGUUAACCCUAUGGUGAUAAGGCCGUCGCUUAAUAGCAACCUUUGCCAGGAUUCAAACUGUAGCAGUGACAGCACUUCUUCGUCCUCGUCGUCUUCGCCAUCCUCAAAGCAGGCUCCGUCAAAGCUUGUCGAAGGAAAUGGAACUAGCACGCAAAGGUACGCGGAGAAUACGACGGUAAUGGUGGUGAACGCUAACAGUGGGACUCCGCCAAAUAAAGAAUCCCAGCCUUUACUCUGGCCUGCCUGGGUGUACUGCACCAGGUACUCGGACAGACCUUCAUCUGGCCCAAGGACACGAAAAUUGAAAAAGAAGAAAAGCGAAAAGGAAGACAAGCGACCGAGAACCGCUUUCACGGCCGAGCAGCUACAGAGACUGAAAGCCGAGUUUCAGGCCAAUCGGUACAUAACGGAGCAGCGGAGACAGUCGCUGGCCCAGGAACUUAACCUCAACGAAUCGCAAAUCAAAAUCUGGUUCCAAAACAAGAGGGCCAAAAUCAAAAAGGCUACUGGUUAUAAGAACGGCCUCGCUCUUCAGCUCAUGGCUCAAGGACUCUACAACCAUUCCACGACCACAGUUCAAGAUGAAAAUAAUGAAAGCGAGUGAAAAACGGCCCGGUUUCUAUUUUAAAAUGGGCCACGGACGCUGAUCUGAGAAGUGAUUUUUUUUGUUCUUUCAUAUUUUGUAUGAAUCAAAUGAAAAGGAGAUUCUUCGAAUUCUGCGAAUUGAAGAUGCGCUAUUUAAACACAUUUCUGUUUAUUAAACGUAUAUGGACAUGCAUCUAAAUACAAACACUAUGAAAAUUUAUAUAUAGCCAAUACUGUAAGAUGUGUAUAUUUAAUUACAGGCAAGGGGAUGUCUAUAUUGCUCCUUACCUGCUGAAUAUUUCUAACGUUUCUCUCCUUCCCCAAUGUGGUUGCUCACCGUUCCAGUAGGCCUAGUGUCAGGCUUGUUAGUUUUUGUGAUAGCCCUGUCUCUUAAACCCCGUAUCUCACAGUUCUUCAAAUGCGUGACUGAACCAACGCUUCAAGCCAAAGAUUUUAAUAUGUUCAGAUUAUGUUGUCUGAAAUAAAAAGGUAGAAUAUGCCAUUGUUUUUUUCCUAGUCUACAAACUCUCAGCAUAUAAUUACUUAAUCUGUAGCUAUUUAAACGCUACGAUGGCUUGUCGUUCUCUCAACCCCCUAAGAGAUUUUUUAAAAUAAAUGUAUUACAAAACAAUUUCUACGCUACAGUUACUCUAUUUUUAAAUGAGACAUUUGGAUUGUGAUUACACUUUAAAUGCGAAAUAUGCUUUGCGUGGCCUAUAUAUACAAAUAAAAUGUUAUUAUUUUACGACACCUGGUAUUAUGAUGAAAGAAUUCUUAGAAUCAGAUUCUUUUAUCUUCACAUUAAUUAUCAGAUCUAGAAUGUACUCUUUUGUUUAGAAAUAAUAUAAAGAUACGGUCCUCCGGUAUACGGGCAUUUUUGAAAACUAUUAAUAUUAUUAAUAAAAAUGGCUAUUAAAAAAAAGAAAUUCUUUGCAGUAUUACGUGUUUUGAAAUUAGUUUUUUCUACUUAUUAUUCAAUCAUGUCUGAGAGUAUAACAAAUUCCCAAAAUAAUACCUUGACUGCACAAGCAUUCGUUUUCUAUGACGCCAGCUAUUGAAUUAAGGCAAAUAAUUAUGGUAGAGGCUCGUACAUAUAUUAAUCUUAUUGUUGUGAAUAUUAUAAUUAAUUUAAUAUAAGACGAGAUAAAAUGUGGCGUUUGCACGAAUCACGGAGUCAGUAGCUACUUGACGGACAGGGUUUAGAAUUUUACAGGCGUCAAAACAUGUAUACCUUCAAAAUUUGAAUUAACACAUCUCGUGUUUAAUUACAAAUAAUUUUAAUAGACUUGAGUGAAUGUUAACAACAAGCCAUGAAAAUAGUUUUCUCAUAUUGCCGCCACACGUAUUACUGACGCCCAGCGAUGACAGCAGUGGUGCAAAGAGACGAUCACAGCCUUUGCUAAGCCUACUGAUAGAAGUGUCUUUUUGCAGUGUGUGUGUGUGGAGGCCGUGUCUAGGGAUCAAAGUGCAGAUUUAGGAAACUUUCCCAGCGGGGUUAAAAGGUCAAGUUAAGCAAUCAAAACAAAACCAGGGGUAUUCUUGAACACUCCGUCGCUCCGCAUAUUUAAUUAUUGUUUUAACACAACACAUGUUUUAAAACAUUAAGGCCAACGCAAGCAAUAAAGGGAUUUUCAAUAAUAGUUGUUGUCAUAAUCUAAAUUGUGAACAUUCUUAUUAACGUAUUUGUAGGAAUAUCCCUAUCGCCAUUAAAACUUUGCAAUUUAAUACCAGUGUUUUAAAUGCGUAACUAUUACAAGAAAAAUACUAGAUUGUUAAGAUCACAUUAUAGGGGCUUAUUUAAUAACACAUUAUUGUGUUAUUUAUAUUUUAUGCAUUUAUAUUUAGAAAUGUGUGGACAACGGUCUUAGAGGCAUUAAUAUAGCAUUAAUAGAAAAUGCGCUCAUGCGGAUUUUGUUUAAACGAGACUAUAGGCCUGCGUCUAUUUAAAUUACAACAUUUUGUUGGGGGUUGUUAUUAUUUUAGGUAAUCCUUUUUGUGUUUACCAUAUAGAUAUAAAAAUGAAUUAUAAAUCAAUCAGAAAGUGUCAGUUAACAAAUAAAAAAGAAAAUUAUCUCUCAUUAGACAAUCGAAAAUAAAAGAAAAAGUAUUUGCAGCUCAACACUCGGAUUUCAUUGCUAUAGGAUUUAAUCCUCAAACCUUUUUUCAUCCUCACCGGUUAUACUUAAACUUGCUUGAAAAUAGUUUCAGGCACGACUGAUAGUUUAAAAAUCGAGUUCUUAAAUAUUAACAAUUUCUACACGCUGUUAAUGAUGUGAGGUUUGUGUGUGAGCUUAAUGUUGUCAAAAGCCUGGAUGAAAUGGAUGAGAACCUGUUUAGUGCAUAGUGAUAGUGUGCUUUUUUCAUUAUAGCGUAUAUUUUGCAAAGAAAAUAUGGGAAGAUUACAUUCAUUUCAACAAAAUCUAAUUACAUAAAUGUUAAAAUGACAAAUGUAAAUAUAGGCUACUGUGUAUUCUUACUAUAAAGAAAAACACGGAUCACUAUGACGUAAAAUUAUUUCAAUUAAUAAAUAUACCGUCAUUCCCUGUGGAAUGUGGUUUUGUCACCCGUAGGCAGCUUUUAUGUUUAAUUAUUCGAACUGCUGCGUAUUCAGUGGAUUUAAUAAGCACACUCACAUACAGAGCACCAUACACCUGUACAUUAAAUAUUAAUUGGCAUAAACCGCUUGACAUUACUUAUUUAAACAGAUGAGGACAAAGGGAUUAUUUCAUUACAAUUAGUCCAACAUUUAUUAUAUGAAAUUAAUUUGCUUUCGUAUGGACGAGCCAAUCCCUCGUGUUUUCUUGUCGCGUGGCAACCUGUAAAUUUAAUAAAAGCCUGCAAUAAUGGCGUUAUAGGGCUUUUUAAAACAUUCAUCUUGAGGUGUUGAUGCGGGCGUCCCAGUUGUAUAAUAAAGGACAAAUCGGAUAUGCAAACAAGAAACUUUAAUACGAAAAGCAACAACAAAACGUGAUAUUUAAUGUGCUGUUUUAUAUUUUAUUUACGGAGCAUUUCCAUCAAUAUGGCGCUAUAAAUAUGGUGGAGUAAAUAUGUAGUAAAAUGCAUGAAUGCAUAUAAUUUUCAGGGCAAAUAACAUUUUACGACACAAAAGAAAAGUGAAUGUUUUAUUUCAGGUUGGUUGGAAUAAUUGCGUCCAUAAGGAUUAAUUGUUUAUUUUUGUAUUGAUCUUGAUAGGGUUCAUAUAAAUAUGUUAUUAUAUGAUAAAAAUAUGUUACAAUAGGAUACAUUUAUCAAUACACAUAAAAUCUAUCGGAACAACGUCGCUGCUUGACAUUAUGCCAUCUCCCUGCAAAAAAACAAACACAUAUCAAACCCAAAACGGCCCACAAUCCGUUCAGCAGGUGCAUCAGUAAAGCAAAACACAGCUGUGACCGGCGCGUGCUCAGUACACUGUGCCCUACAGCUACCAUACAACAUAUUUAAUAUAUAUGCAAAUGAAAGCAAUAAAAGAAUAUAUGUAAAUUGCCUACGUUUAAGCAGGGCUGUGAACGAAAUACCACAAACUUACAAGGUAGGCCUACUUAUAAAGGUGUGUGAACUACACUCCCCUUUUAAUGAAAAAAGAGGAAGAGAGAACCUGAUUUCAUUUCCCAAGUGGUGCACUUCAGAGAAAGUUAAAAGGCGAAGGCCGUGACAGCGAGGGUGGGGACAGAAAAAGUUUGCAGCAAAUUUCACAGCCUCGCUUGGUUGUCUUCGUUUGUGCCCUCGCUGACCAGAGGCAUAUGUGCACCAUUGAUCAAAGCACAGCGGAAGAGGCCAGUGACCCUGAAUGGGACUAAAGGAUGCAAAUAUAGGAACUAAGUGAUUGGUAAUCCUAUUAGAACAUGCUGUGGGUGGGGGCCAGCGGUUCGAGGGCUAUUCGCGUCACAACACUGCCAGCCACCGAUGCGUAUUGCAUACGCAUAGACAACAUGUGCUUCCGUGCACGCGUGCAGAGGCAUGGACGCUUAUCACAACCCUGCACUGUCAUACUGCUUAACUGAUUUAAUUCCUACGACUUUACUUUAGUUCAGGGACCAUGCAUUUCCGAGAGGAGUCACGCAUUUAUAAAAUAAAGCAAAUCAGAAAUAAGUACAAUUCAUUUUUGAAUACAAACACAUACAAAUAAAAUCUAAAUACAGUAUACAAGUGAUUUUGUGGAUUUUAUCACUACCGGACAAUUUGGAGCAGAAUGGGGAAACGCUCUGCAGUGUUGUCCAAGAAGUUUCUUUGUGAGGUUAAACGUCAUGGUCUUCUCUCGUUCUCAGAGCAGGCCUUCAAAAUCCAUGUCCUAUUCUAAACCUGUUCCCUCCCUUCCUUCAAGGUCCACAUCACUUGAGAUUUUGGUGUUGAAAAAGUGUGACAAAUGUAUACAGAAGCAAUACUGGUGGGGCUAUCCAACAAAGGGUGGCAUUGAAUGUCAACCACCCAAUGCGCCAGGGUAGGCAUUAGGACCACUGGGAGGGCAGCCACCAAUGUGGAGCAGAGAAAUGAACAUUACACGCUGGAUACCACCGAAUAUCUCCACACACCCCCAACUGGUCAGCUGCACAAAGACAGCCAUAUACACUGCUGCAGCAAGCAAAAUAAAUAAUACUGUAAUAUACAAAAGAUAAAAUCUGAUAACGGAUGCACAGCUUGAUCUCCGUUCCUGAUUCAACCAUUGCUUAAUAUCUAAUAACAAAAAAUCUUGUCGCUGGAGAAAUGUAUAAUGGGUGCUUUUGUCUACCCUAUUAUUACGGGGUCCUAUUAUUUGGUCCUUAUUUCCUAUUACGCUGCAUGCAAUAUUUGUGAAAUAACCAAAAAUAUGCGUUUUAAUAAUGCAUGAUUAUUAUUUGUUUCAAUUUAUAUUAUAUUAUAAAUACAAUAUUAUUAUUAUCAUUACAAAUAAACCACAAAUAGCCUAAACUGCAUGUCUCCCGGCAAGCACGGACUUUGGCCUACGCGUAAAGGCUUCGAAAAUUGGCGAAUAUUCAAAAUUCACACAAAUCUUUACAAGUUCUACAGUAAUUGUUUUACAAUUGAGAAGACUCGUAACUCUUAACGUCUGCGAUAAAAAAAUAUUUAUCCUACAGAUAUUUCAGAUAAUGUAAUUUUUUCUAUUUAUUCAGUAGGCCUAAAUAUACAUGUUACGUUCAAUAAACUGCUUACAAGUUAAUGUUGUAAUUUAUCGAUUAGUAUCUGGACUGAAAUUUUUGGACGUAUUGUCAGUUCUGCGUUUAGAAUCGAAAGUGAAAAAUUGCGAUAGCGCGCGGCCAAGAUCCCACCAAGACACUUAGGUCCUAAAAGUUAUGCAACCCAUUUUGAGCUAUAAGUGUGGAUUACCUCGUUACAGAAAAAUAUUUUAUUAAUGUUGUUGCUAUCUUUAUGGGGGGAAACAUUUUCAUUCUAAUAGCGUCACACAGCAAAAAACACAUCUGCCGUUAUGAAAUAAUUGCAGGCAGUCCUAUAGAUUUCAGCGCGUGCUAUAAACUACUUCGGGUUUGCAGUGAUCCACGACAUCCUGUUCAAUAACCCAUGUAACCUACUGUUAGCCUAAUCUGAGGGAUAUCCGAUGCCGCAGUCAAAACUUUUCCAUAAACAAAUUGUUCGUUUUCUCGCACCAUUAUAAACGGAAUAUGUGCUAGGAAGAGGAGUUGACAAGAAUUAUAAUUACAAACAGAAGGGGCCCUAUCGCGGGACAGCAGUGGGUGUUCACUCCGUCCACAAUGGCAUCUGCUGCGCAGAUUUUUCAGGGCCCGUCCCUGUCAGGGCGCUUUUUUAUAUAAUGAAGGUAUACGCGCAAAAAGAACAAAGAGGGAGACACCUGGCUUCAUCAUAUGCGAUGGGUGGUCAAGAGCCUCUCACAUGUGGUAUUACUUAAGCGUCUCCUGCAGCAGACGCACACGGACAGACUGGGCCUUCCGCGAUGCGCGCUCUCGCAUUAGCGGCUUCGCUUUCACCGGCGGCCUUGCACUUCAAAAGCCGGGAAAAUCUCGAAAUCUCCUCCUCGGUCUCUCAUCGCCGGCUGUACAGUCCCGAGGUGGCGAGAGGUGAGCCGGAGAGCAGUUCGUCAUAUUCAAUUAGCGCACGGCUGUCACGGCAUCUCCAAACCGGCCCUGAUGUCAUUCCCCAGGAGAGAGGAUGAACGAUUGUCCCACCGUUGAGAUGAGCAGAUUCUGGGAAACAAAUAAGAAUAGAGCACUACAGACUUAACGACAGUGUUACAGAAAGGGAUACUAAAGCAAGAAAAGCAAAUGUUUUACAUGGGAUGCACACUUCAGUUUGUGCAUGAAAUCGAUUAAUUAUUUCCAUAAAAUUAUACAGUUGAAAUGAAAAAGCUAUUUAAAACAAUUCACUUAAGCACAUUUAAAUGCUUUUUAAAUGGACAAAUUCUCUAUUUCAAAUAACAUAUUAUCAACUCAUAGCAGGCGUAACAAUAAACUCUGCAUUAAAUAGUUUGCAUUAAUGUCUAAAUGUGUUGCCAUUUUAAUUAUUGCUAUUAGAUAUAUUAAUGACAUUACAAUUAUGGCUGAUUUUGUAGGUCAAAGGUCAUGCAGGUUAGCUUUUGCUAAUGGCACAAGUUUCUUUAUGUCCUUGCCUGUUGUUUAUCAUUUACUUAAGGCUCUUGGCUUUUGCUUAGUAGUAAAAACUGUUAAAAGUGGAAAACGCAGGAAAACGCAGGUCAACGCAUCUUUUUGUAUCAUAAGCCCAUAAAGUCCUGUUGAGGGGCUACUUUUCCCUCACCUAAAAUCCGUAUGAUAAUCUGUUAUGGCACCAGCCCGUUCCACAGCUUCAUGAUUUACGGUUUUGCAUCAGCCCUUAGCCCUCCUGCACAGCGAAGUUAAAUGACCCGAAAAUAACAUUAAUAUGUACCAGGGCCUGAUGGAGUACCGUACAGGAGGGGUGGUCUGCGGCGUCGGCUUUCACCCAUAGGAAUAUAAACUUGAGCGUCUGAAUGGGUCAUAGGGCGAUGUCAGCCGAAGCGCAAAGUCGACAGAAGAGAUGAGAGGUGGAAAGCCAUCAACCAGUGUAAUAAUGAUCUCAUUUUAAAUACAAAAACAAACAGUUGAAUGAACAAUUGGAUGAUGAUUAUAAAACUCAAUAUCAAAACUCCCUAUUAUUGACAGAGAUUCAUACAUUUAAAUAAAAAUAUAGAAUGUAUAAACAUAGACUAUGCAGUUUUCUUAAAAGUAACAGUUUUCCAGGCUAUAAUUACAUAAUUUGGGGUAGGGGUGACUUUCAACUUCAAAUGAACAAAUGAAGAAUACAAAUACAGCAAAAGAAUAAAUGAUUAAAUAAAAAUAACACAUUAUCUUUCACCACAUCAGCUGACUUAAGCCAUAUUUACACUGCAAAUGUGGCACAGAAGGUGCAUCUGCGUGCAUAUUGGCUGGCUUUUAUACAGCACUGCCAUUACACAGUGCCUGCUCAAAUUUGGAGUAAAGACAACUUCAGUAAGUCUCACUUAUUUAUUGUUUGAAACAUAACAGAUAAUGUAAACAUAAAAAAGGAGUCAAAAAGUGACAAGAGACAAAAAGUGAAUGUAUAAAAAGUUAUUAAGCAAAGUAUUUAUUUUAUAUUGUACUUUAAAUAUUUUAUGAAUAUUAGUUGAAUCUUGAGAACAUACAUUAUGUUUACUUAAAAAAUGUAACAAAUCAAAUAUUUUUCAUUUAUAAUAUUUAUCAAUAUCAUAUUUAUAAGUGUUGGAGUAGCGUUGUUUACGUCUUCCAAAGUGGUAUAAAAAGCAUUUCCCGUCCUUACAGGGACUGUAAACAUUAAACUGGGAUCUUGCUUAAAAAUUUGAGCUAAUGUCUCGUUCAAGGUCCGAUCAGCAUCCUUUCAGUUACCACUACACUACAUGACAUCACUCACUCACUCAAUUUCCAGGUUUGCAUAGCAUUAAGCGUGAAGAAGCUCUUACACACACAGCCGGCGAGUUGUGUGGUCCGAAGGGUACUAUCCCAUUCCUCUCUCUUUGUCUUGUGUGUAAGCUCACUCUGUGUCUGGCAAAAAAAAAACACACAUUAUAGAAACAACUGUUCAGUGCG